AUGGACCCGACGGCGCCCGCGCCGGAGCCGGCGCCCGAGCCCGAGCCCGCGUGGCAGCGGCCCUGGUCGGUGGAGGAGAUCCGCAGGAGCUGCCAGACCUGGUCGCUGGCGGCCGACGCGGGCUUACUCCAGUUUCUGCAGGAAUUUUCACAGCAGACUAUCUCUAGGACCCAUGAAAUCAAGAAACAAGUGGAUGGGCUAAUCCGGGAAACGAAAGCCACAGAUUGUCGCCUGCAUAAUGUCUUCAAUGACUUCCUUAUGCUGUCCAAUACCCAGUUCAUUGAGAAUCGUGUCUACGAUGAAGAAGUGGAGGAGCCAGUUGUCAAGGCUGAGGCAGAAAAAGCAGAACAGGAGAAGACCAAGGAGCAGAAAGAAGUGGAUCUGAUUCCUAAAGUUCGGGAGGCUGUGAACUACGGUUUACAAGUAUUGGACAGCGCAUUUGAGCAACUAGAUAUUAAAGCAGGAAACUCAGACUCCGAAGAAGAUGACGCUAAUGAGCGGGUGGAACUGAUCCUUGAACCAAAGGAUCUGUACAUUGAUCGUCCUUUACCUUAUUUAAUUGGGUCAAAGCUGUUCAUGGAGCAAGAAGAUGUAGGUCUUGGAGAACUAUCCAGUGAAGAAGGUUCGGUAGGCAGCGAUCGUGGCAGCAUUAUGGACAGCGAAGAAGAGAAUGAAGAAGAGGAGUCGGAGGAAGAUUUUGCCAAUCACAGUGACAAUGACCAAAUCCAGCACACUGCACAAAUGAGUGAUGAAGAAGAGGAUGACGAUGGCUGUGACAUCUUCGCCGACUCUGAAAAGGAGGAGGAAGACAUUGAGGACAUUGAAGAGAACCCUAGACCUAAAAGACCCACGUCCUUCGCUGAUGAGCUGGCUGCUCGGAUCAAAGUGGGUGCUGCAAGCCAGAUGGAAGAGGAACAAAGAGAAGCAAAACCUCACAAGACACUGAAAGAGAAGAAGGAAAGAAGAACUCCCUCAGAUGAUGAAGAAGAUAACUUGUUCACUCCCCCCAAGCUGACCGACGAGGACUUCUCACCAUUCGGCUCUCGCGGAGGCCUGUUCAGCGGAGGGAAGGGGCUUUUUGAUGAGGAUGAGGAGAGCGACCUCUUCGUGGAAUCCCCUCGGAGACAGGAGGCUGGAGCUGCUGCUAACGAAGUGUCUUCAUCCUCCAAACCCGGAAAGAAAAUUCCAGCUGGAGCAGUUUCUGUAUUUUUAGGGGACACCGACGUGUUGGGUGCAGCGUCUGCUCCGCCACCGCAGGAGCCCAAGCAGCCCGCUCCGGGGAAGCGCCUGAACCUCCCAGCCACUGGCCUCUUUGAUGAGGACGACGACGAUGACUUUUUUGCAGCGUCCUGUAGCAAACCCGCCAAGACAGACAAAAUCAAAUCCACUGCCAACAUCUUUGAUGAGGAGGAAGGAGAUCUGUUCAAGGAGCAAGCAGUGAGUUUGCCAGAAGCUACUGUGAAUCAGACAGAUGAAAAUAAAGCAAGAGUGGAAGAAAAGGUUACCCUGCCUUCCAACAAAAACCUUAAACUCUCGUCAGAAACAAAGACUCAAAAAGGUUUAUUUUCAGAUGAGGAAGACACUGAGGACUUGUUUUCUUCUCAAAACGUGAGCAAGUCAAAAGAUGCAUCUCUCCUGCCGACCAAACUCCCCACGUCAGUCUCGCUCUUUGAUGAUGAAGAUGAAGAGGAUCUUUUUGGGGCUACAGUUGCCAAGAAGCAAGCAUCAUCUCUACCAACUCUGAGCCAAGAGAAAGCAAAACUCUCUGAGCCCCCCAAAAAGAAAGCGUCUGCUUUGCUGUUCAGCAGCGACGAGGAGGACCAGUGGAAUGUUACUGAUUCACAGACCAACUCAGCUUCUGACGACAGGUCUAAAGGCGAACUUAGGAACUCCGAGCCCAGCCGGGUCCAGGAGGCUGUGAAAAAGACCAGCCUCUUUGAGGAAGACGAUGAAGAUGAUCUGUUUGCUAUUGCUAAGGACAGCCAAAAGAAGACCCAGAGAGCAUCACUCCUCUUUGAAGACGACGCUGACAGUGGAAGCUCCCUGUUUGGCUCUCCUCCCACAUCCAUCCCUCCUGCAACAACGAAAAAAGAGACUGUUCCUGAGGUCCCACCUUCGCUGUUCAGCGAUGAAGAAGAGAAGGAGGUACAACUUGGAGAGAAGCCUGUGGACAAGAAGGUUGAGAGUGCCAAAGAGGUGUCAGAAUUUGGGAGCACUCCUAUGGUUGAGGAGUCAGAAAAGGAAGGGCCUUUGAGUCUAUCUACUCAGGAAGCAGUCACGCAUUCUGAUUUAUUUUCUUCAUCGUCCCAGGACAAAGGAACCAAAAGUAGAACCAAAACUGUUCUUAGCUUAUUUGAUGAGGAAGAGGAUAAACCAGAAGAUCAUUGUGGCAUCCAGUCUCUAAAGAAAGAAGUAGGGAAGAGUCCCGACCCUGCUGCCCACCCCAAGAGCACAGGCGUCUUCCAGGAUGAAGAGCUGCUUUUCAGCCACAAGCUGCAGAAGGACAACGACCCUGAUGUGGAUCUCUUCUCCGGCACCAAGAGUACCAGGUUGUCAGAGCCAAGUGUUGGGAGCCUCUUCGGGGAUGAUGAAGAUGACGACCUUUUUAGUUCUGCCAAGUCCCAGCCUCUGGUAUCAGAAACGAAGAGGGUAGUGAAAAAAGAUCACCCUGUUUCCUCUUUCAAGAAUCAGAAACAUCCUGAAUCCACUCAAGGUAUCAAAGAAAAAAAACUGUGGAAACCGGAAACCGCUCAGGCAAAUUUAGCGAUUAACCCAGCAGCCCUGCUGCCUGCAGCGGCUCCCCAGAUCUCUGGAACGCAUUCUGUUUUGCCAGAAUUGGCUUUUCCUUCGUCUGAACCUGGGAGGAUACAGAGUCUGGAAACUAUCCCCACUCUUCCUGGUUGUGGGGAGGCCGCCGUGAGCUUUGAUGUUCCAGCUCAGGCCGACACCUUACACAGUGCGAACAAGAGCCGGGUCAAAGUGAGAGGGAAGCGCAGGCCGCAGACCCGUGCAGCUCGACGGCUGGCUGCCCAGGAAUCCAGUGAGGCUGAGGACACGAGUGUCCCUGGAGGAUCCAUUGCACAGUUGUCAGAGGGUGCCGUUCCCCCAGCGGGCUAUCAGCCACAGCCCAGGGCGGCUGGUGGAGAAGAUCGCUCUGAGGAGGCUGUGGCAGCUGCCACUUUGACUUGGACAGGUGGUCUGGUGCCUGGAGUGGACAGAAGCCCCUCUGGGACAUCUCCAGGUCAGCCUCUGGGAGGUGACCUUUUUGAUUCUGAAGAUAUCUUUUCCAAAGCCACUGAAGCUCGGCCCACAGGAAGAAGAAAAGCCAAGGCACAGGCAGGGAGCGGAGAAAAGAGCCCUGUGUGUACUGCUCUGGCUGAGGCAGGCAGUGAUGACGACCUCUUCCGGUCUGUUAAACCAAAGCCAGCCAAGGAAGCCAGUCCCUUCCCUCUCCUGGAAGGCGAGGACCCUCUCUUUCCAGAUCAGAAAGGCAAGAGGAACAAGUCAAAACCCAGUGGUCAGCAAGCUGCCGUCUCAAAAGCUCCAGAUAUUUUUGAGGAUGAUAUAUUUGCUACAGAAGCAAUUAAACCCUUACAAAAAACAAGAGAGAAGGAAAGGACGUUUGAACCCAACUUGUUCGAUGAUAACAUUGAUAUCUUUGCUGACCUAACUGUAAAACCAAAAGAAAAGUCCAAAAAGAAAGUGGAAGCUAAGUCUAUAUUUGAUGAUGACAUGGAUGAUAUUUUCUCUGGCAUCCAGGCUAAGCCAGCCAAACCAAAAAGUCGCUCUUCACAGGCAGCACCUGAACCAAGAUCUGAACAGAAGGUGGCCAACAUAUUUGACGAUCCUUUGAAUGCCUUUGGAGGCCAGUAG